GGUCACUGUCAGCUUCGAGUUCUCGAGCGGUUGUGUCUUUGGUUGAGAAUGGUCUUGCCAGCUGCAGUGUUCACACGUGCUGUGGUCAAAUUCGUGGAUGAUUUUCUGCUCAGAAUCUGCUGGCCCGUGAUUGGCGGCGCGUCAAGCUCAUCAUGACCUCAUCUGGUUGCGGAGACAGUCAGUAGCGCACCGCAGACACAUUCAAGGCACAUUGACCAGCUGUUGCUAGUCGAUGCAAAGGUCGCAGCUUCUCAGAAUCCUACAAUCAACGUCAGCUAGAAGAAUGUCUACAUCCACCCAAGAAUACCUCGUCGCCAAGACCUCAGACUUGAAAGACAACGAAAAGAAGGAGGUCAAUGUUCCUGGCACAGAGCACAAGGUUUUGCUCAUCAAGCAGAAUGACAAGUACUUUGCAACAAGCCCCAAGUGUACACAUUACGGCGCGCCACUGGUGAAGGGUGUCUUGAGCGAGGGCCGUAUCGUUUGUCCAUGGCAUGGUGCUUGCUUCAAGAUUUCUACUGGAGAUAUUGAAGAUGCUCCUGCUAUUGAUCCCAUCAUUGCCUUUGCUACAAGCAUCAAAGGCGAGAGCGUGUUUAUCACUGCAGCAGAGAAGGACCUUGCUGCCGGGCGCCGAAAGCCCUGCAAGAGCGCAAAGGCAGAGACGGAUGAGCAUGUUGUCGUGAUUGGUGGAGGCGCUGCCGGUACAACGACAGCAGAGGGUCUUCGUGAAUAUGGCUUCAAGGGAAAAGUCACUGUUAUCUCGAGUGAGGCGCACUACCCUAUCGACAGGACCAAGCUCUCAAAGGCACUCAUCACGGAUGCCAGCAAGAUUGCGUUGCGAGAUGAGGCCUUCUACAAGGAUAUGGACAUUGACUUCCAGAAGGGCACAACUGUCAAGUCUGUGGAUAUCAAGGACAAGUUUGUGGCACUUGAGAGUGGCGGCAAAGUCUCAUACAGCAAGCUUGUGCUUGCACUUGGCGGAACACCUAAGCGCCUGCCUAUGGAUGGCUUCAAGCUCGAUAAUGUCUUUGUGCUCCGUAACAUCGAGCACGCUAGCGAGAUUGUGUCUGCGCGCGGUGAGUCAAAGAAGAACGUUGUCAUCAUUGGCAGUUCCUUCGUUGGUAUGGAAGCAGCCUAUGCAAAUGCAAAGGAUCACAACGUCACAGUUAUUGGCAUGGAGAAAUACCCACUGAUGAAUGUUCUCGGUGAGCAGAUUGGUAAACAACUUCAGGCUUCCGCUGAGCAGGCCAACAUCAAGCUCUAUAUGGAGGCAGGCGUUGAAAAGGCAAUUGCUGAAGACGGUGGCAAGAGCGCUACUCAUGUCGUUCUCAAAGAUGGCACGAAGCUGCCAGCAGAUCUCAUCAUUCUGGGUGUCGGCGUAGCACCGGCAACCAAGUUCCUUGAUGGUUCAGGACUUCAGCUCGAGAAGGAUGGUGGUAUUGAGGUUGACUCUUACCUGCAAGUCAAGGGCCAAGCAGACAUCUACGCCGUUGGAGAUAUUGCGCAAUUCCCCUACACUGGCCCAGGCGCUGAGGGCAAACCCAUUCGCAUUGAGCACUGGGAUGUUGCGCAAAAUCAUGGACGCGCUGUUGCCAAGACGCUUGCAGGUAAGAAGGAGGAAUUCAAGAAUGUGCCUUACUUCUGGUCUGCUCAGAGCGGUCAGCUGCGAUACUGCGGUAACAAUUCGCCCACCGUGGGCUGGGACGAUCUGAUCAUUCAAGGUUCUUUGGAGGAGAGCAAGUUUGUAGGUUUCUACACCAAGGGCGACACUGUUGUGGCAGUUGUCAGUAUGGGCUAUGACCCUGUUGUGUCCAAGGCAUCUGAGUUGAUGCGUGCUGGAACCAUGCCAAACAAGAAGAAGCUACAGGAUGGUCUUGACAUCCGAGAGCUUUGAUAGCAGCGAUGUAUCUUUAAGUCUUUGAUAGAAUUGUUGCAAAUUGCAAAUGCGCCAUACUUCACUGUGCCAUUGACUUGCCUUUUGGAGACAUCAUCAACUAGAUUUAUCUGCUAUGUUGACCAUGGACGUGACACGGUGACAGUAGUAGUACGUCCGAGUCAUCUGCGGAUUUGGACGGACUUG